GGCGGCGGAGCCGGUACAGUGUAGCAGCCACAACGGAGUACAGUGUAGCCAGCCGGUCCGGUACAAUGUAGCGGCAGCCAGACGGAGGAGGAAGGGCGGAAGAACAGUUCUGAGAAGUCCCAAGUGAUUGUUCUGCUCACGUCUUAUUGAUCAGAGCAUAGUUGUAUUACCAUGCCCAGGUGCAGGGAAGACUGAGAAAUCAUGUCACAAUGACGACUCCUCACUCAGGAUGAAAGGGUGGGAUGCUAUGGAAUAUGAUGAGAAGUUGGCUCGGUUCCGGCAGGCCCACCUCAACCCUUUCAACAAGCCGCUUGGACCAAGGCAACAUGAACAGGAACCCAGUGGGAAGGCCCAAGAAGUCACUUCUGAAGAGACUCUGCCUGAGCCGCCCCCUGGGGAGCCUGAGUUCCACUACUCUGAGCGCGUGAUGGAUCUUGGCCUGUCUGAAGACCACUUUUCCCGCCCUGUGGGUCUUUUCCUGGCCUCUGAUGUCCAGCAGCUGCGGCAGGCCAUUGAGGAGUGCAAGCAGGUGAUUCUGGAGCUGCCGGAGCAGUCAGAGAAGCAGAAAGAUGCCGUGGUGAGGCUGAUCCACCUCCGGCUGAAGCUGCAGGAGCUGAAGGAUCCCAAUGAGGAAGAACCCAAUAUCCGGGUUCUCCUAGAGCACCGCUUCUACAAGGAGAAGAGCAAGAGCGUCAAGCAAACCUGUGAUAAGUGCAAUACCAUCAUCUGGGGCCUCAUUCAGACCUGGUACACCUGUACAGGGUGUUAUUACCGCUGUCACAGCAAGUGCCUGAACCUCAUCUCCAAACCCUGUGUCAGCUCCAAGGUUAGUCACCAGGCUGAGUAUGAGCUGAACAUCUGCCCCGAGACGGGGCUGGACAGCCAGGACUACCGCUGCGCCGAGUGCCGUGCUCCGAUCUCCCUGCGAGGUGUGCCUAGUGAGGCCCGGCAGUGUGACUACACCGGCCAGUACUACUGCAGCCACUGCCACUGGAACGACCUGGCUGUCAUCCCCGCGCGAGUGGUGCACAACUGGGACUUCGAGCCGCGCAAGGUGUCCCGCUGCAGCAUGCGCUACCUGGCACUGAUGGUGUCUAGGCCAGUGCUCCGGCUCCGGGAGAUUAACCCUCUGCUGUUUAACUACGUGGAAGAGCUGGUGGAGAUCCGGAAGCUGCGCCAGGACAUCCUGCUCAUGAAACCAUACUUCAUCACCUGCAAGGAGGCCAUGGAGGCGCGGCUGCUGCUGCAGCUCCAGGACCGGCAGCAUUUUGUGGAGAACGAUGAGAUGUAUUCUAUCCAGGACCUCUUGGAGGUGCACAUGGGCCGCCUCAGCUGCUCCCUCACGGAGAUCCACACGCUCUUUGCCAAGCACAUCAAGCUGGACUGUGAGCGGUGCCAAGCCAAGGGGUUUGUGUGCGAACUCUGCAAAGAAGGCGACGUGCUGUUCCCCUUUGACAGCCAUACAUCUGUGUGCACCGACUGUUCAGCUGUCUUCCACAGGGACUGCUAUUACGACAACUCAACCACAUGCCCCAAGUGUGCCCGGCUCAACUUGAGGAAGCAGUCACUUUUCCAGGAACCCGGUCUGGAUGUGGAUGCCUAGAACGUUGGAGGGGACACCAGGCACCUUCCCUUCUGGCUGUCACCCUGCUGGCAUUGCCCUCCAGGUGUUCAUCCUGCUGUGGAGACCUCCGAGAACGUUCUCUGGGCCAGAAGGAAGUGACUGGUAGUCACCAGGACUGGCAUUCCCCAGGUGCUUGCUGAGAUUUGGAGUUCUGUACCUGACUGUUUAUUGGGUGUGCUGCUACAAAGGGUCAGAAUGCUGCUUCUGCCCCCACUGUAGGCUCCCUAGUUAGGGGAGCCUGGGUGUGACUCCCCAGGAAAGGUGGAGUCACUCUAUGACACAGAGCCCUCCAGUCCUUCUGGCCCUUAGAGAGGGCCCUGCUCCUGUCUACCGCCCUGACGACUGGUCAGACACUCUAGAGGCCUGACCUGUGAGACCAGAGGGGACCUCCUGACGGAAUUUUAUCUCUGCUGUAGAUAAUUUAGGUUCUACUUAGAGGCUCCUAUCCCUCUUAGCACCUUGUCUCCUUAGGGCUUCAGGUUUUCUCUGGCUGGGGCUGUUCACAGUGGUGUCCCAUGGACUGUCUCAGCAUCCUGAGAGUCAUCUUCCUCCUCCUUAGUCGGUCGGUCCUGUGUGUUUCCCUGCCCUUUUGUACAAUAGGGAGGGAAGGGAUCUGUGGAGUUUUUCUUGGCAGAUACACCUGCUCCUGCCAUAGCCUAGUCCAUGUUAUCCUGGUGCUCUGAGCUGGGCAGUUAGGGACUCAUUUAAGGAAGAUAUCUCAGCCUCAAGUUACAUAGGUGGGGCUAUGUCCCUGAAACAGGUUCAAGGUCAGGUUAGCUGGUCAGUCAUUGUUGGCCUGUGUGGCAUUUGGGGGACCAAAUUUUCCCACAGAAGUCUGUUCUGUUGCUACAGUUCUCUGCUUAAAGAUGACUAGUCACUGAGUGAUGAUUCAGGAGUCUGAGGCCAAGAGCUACGAAGCAGGAGGUGGAUGGCCGCAGGAAAGUCCAGGCUUUGAGGGUGGGCAUGACCUAUAACUUUCCGGUGAGGCACCUCCAGGCACACACCCCGUAAAUCCUAUGGCUGAAGAUGUGUGGAGUCAGGGGGUCUCAGAAUAUGGCUUCUGUCCUUCCUUGGGAAGCAGGAACUGCUGACAUCUGCCCCUUUCCCCCGCCUGUGAAUUGCUGUUGGCAGACACAGGCCAGGAAUGCCACAACUGGGAUCUCCCUCACUUCUGAUGAGGCACAGGAAGGGACGCCUCAACUCGCAAGAUGAAGCUUAGUUUGCUGGCUUGUUUGAGGGGUGGAUGGACAUACCGCCAUCUCCUCCUUGUUCCUCUGUACCAUCAGGUAGCUUUACUCUUGCUAUCUUUUCUGUUUCAAUUUUCCCAUCUGGAAAGUGGGGAAAGUGGAGUUGACCUACCUCAGGGUGGAAGAGGAAGGAGGCCUUUGAGUGUGAUGUGGGUCAGCAGGUCCCUGCCGUGCUUCCUCUUUGGAGUCAAAGAGGGUCUUAAAACCAAAUGCCAUUUUCCUAUACCCCGAAUCUUUGUGUUUCUUACCAUUGUAUCACAUUUCUGUCCUGUGGCUAUGGCCCUUCCCGAGCCUCCUAUGUAAUCAGCAUCACAUGUUCCCAGCCGUAAAUCAUAGUGUCCAAAGAAAAUGUCUGGUGUUUGUUGAGCAAAGCGGUGGACCCCCUCUUAAAAUACACCCCAAUGCAGAUUUUCAUAGACUCAUUUGAGGAUCCUUCUAUGAGCCCACAGCUUGACAAGAAGAGUCUACAUAUCCAGGUGGUGGUAGUGGUGAAAACCUUUAAUCCCAGCACUCGGGAGGCAGAGGCAGGCAGAUCUCUGAGUUCAAGGCCAGCCUGGUCUACAAAGUGAGUUCCAAGACAGCGAGAGCUACACAGAGAAACCCUAUCUCAAAAAAAAAAAAAAAAAAAAACAAUAUAUAAGUAGACAAAUAAAUUAAAAAUAUUUCUUUUUUCAUGUCCUUAAUUCAACUAUCAAGGAAACUUACAUUAAGAUCUUAUUCACAGAGCUGGCUAUGGUAGUGCACGCCUUUAAUUCCAGUACAUAGGAAGUAGAGGCAUUUGAGAUCAGCUUGGUCUACAUAAUGAGUUCCAGGCCAGUCAGGGCUAUGUAGAGAGACCCUGCAUCAAAAAAGCAAAACAAAGCAGGAAGAUCUAUUCACACUGGGUGUGCAGCUCAACUGGAAGAGAGCAUGUCUGGCAUGCAUGAAGCCUUGGGGCCGAUCUCCAGCAUAAACUGGGCAUGGUGGCACAUGACUAAUCCAACACUCCCUGGAGGCAGAGGCAGGAAUAGCAGGAGGUCAUAGUCGCCUUUGGCUGUAUAAAUAUGUCUGAGGGCGUCUUAAACUAUAUGAGAGUCUGUCAAAACAGAAAUCAACUCGGGAGGCAGAGGCAGGCAGAUCUCUGAGUUCAAGAUCAGCUUGGUCCACAAAGCAAGUGCCAGGACAGCCAGAGCUACACAGAGAAACCCUGUCUCAAAAAACAAACAAAAACACAAGCAAAACAAAAUACAACCCAGGACACCUUUGCUCCUCAGAGAGAGAGAGAGAGAGGUGUGUGUUGAUGGAACCAGGGGUUUUGUGCAUGCUAGGCAAGUGUUUUACGACUGAGCUAUAACCCCACCCCUGACUACUUUGAUGAAUAGUCUCCAGUUUGUGUUUGUCUCAUGUUAGAUUCCAACUUUGGUUGUCUAGCGGAAAUUCCACAGUAGUGAUAUGUGUUCUCAGUGUGACCUGACGGUAUAAUGGUGGUAUGUUCUGACCACUGCUGAAAACUUCUUGUCGAUUGAAUGAGAAUGGCCCCCAUAGGCUCAAAUAUCUGAAUGAUUGACAAGUUUGUGGAACUGUUUGGGAAGGACUAGGAGGUGUGGCCUUAUUGUGGGAGGUGUGUCACUGGGAGUGGGCUUUGAGGUUUAAUCAGGCCCAGUUUCUCUCUGUCUCCUGCCUGGGGAUCAGGAUAUAAGCUCUCAGCUACUGCUCAGUACCAGGCCUGCCUGCCUUCACACUCCCUGCCAUGAUGGACACGAACCCACCCUCUGAAGCAGUAAGCAAGCCCCCAGUUAAAUGCCUUGGCCAUGGUGUUCCCAUCACAGCAAUGGAACAAUAGUCAAGACACCAAGUUAAGGUGGCAUACCAGUUACUCUUUCAGUGCUGUGCCAAAUACUUGAUAGAACAACCUUAGCUUGGCAUGGUGGCAUACACCUUUAAUCCCAGCACUUGGGAGGCAGAGAGACAGGUGGAUCUCUGAGUUCAAGGUAUACAUUGUGAGUCCAGGGACAACCACAACUACACAGAGAAACCCUGUCUCAAAAACAAAACACCAAACUAAACAAAACAAACAAACAAACAAAAAACCCAAGAACUUAAAAGGAGGCCUGAUUUCGGCUCAUGGUGUCCACAGAUUCAGCCCCCAGCCCUUGACUCCACUGAUUCUGGGCCAAUUGUGAGGGAAAACACUGUGAUGCUGGAGAAUGGGAAGAAGCUGUUUAUCUUGUGGCAGAGAGCCAGGAAAGGACCUGGGACCACACACCUUCAAAAGCAUGCCCUUAACGGCCUACUUCCAUCUGCUAGGCUCCAACUCCUCAAGUUCCCACCACUUCCAGAAACAGCAUCACCUCCUGAGACCGAGUGUUUAACACGUGAACUUGUGGGGAGCUUUUUAUAUUCAAACCGUUACACAUGUAUGUCAGGUUUCUCCAUUAAGAUUACUGUUUAUCUCUUUGUCGUUAGUGUUGAAUGUGGAGAUACUUUGAGACUAUGAAACUAUCUAGUUCUUACUGUAACUUCUACCAACUCUAGCAUCCACAACUAUUCUUGCUUGAGUAUAAUAAUUGUGAAAUGGUGAUUGAUUUUGUCUGCGUUUAUGAGUUGAUGUUUCUGUACAGAAGUGUCCAACCUUUUAACUUCCCUGGGACACACUGGAUGAAGAGCUGCCUUGGAUCACAUAUUAAAUCUACAAAUACUAGUGAAAUGUGGAGCUCUGUUGGGAAAGUCUUAAAAUAAUUGAGCAGGUCCCAAAUAUGUGAUCACUGAUAAAUGAACGUAUCUAGGUAGUGGAACUUCAUUGGUUAAAAAAUUUUUUUAUAAUAAAUGUAAGAGGCAGGCUGGUGAGAUGGCUCAACAGUUAGGAGCACUGGCUGCUUUUUUAGAGGUCCUGAGUUCAAUUUCCAGCAACCACAUGGUGGCUCACAACCAUCUAUAAGGGGCUCUGAUGCCCUCUUCUGGCCUGCAGGCAUACAUGCAGAGCAAACAAUCAUACUUAAAAAAUAAAUACAUUAAAAACAAAUAUAAACUUAAAAAAAUAAAUGUAAGAAAAGAGGGACACGUAAAACUAGUUAUAUAUUUUGCAUUGUAUUUGAUAAAUCAGUUCAUCAAUAUCUGGUUUGAAUGCCUGUGAGAUGGUUCAGAAGGUAAGGGUGCUCACUGCCAAGCCUGGUGACCUGCAUUCAAUGCCUGGGAUCACAUGUGGAAAAGAGAGAGCUGACUCCUGACAGUUACCCUUUGGCCACCAGUGCAUGCCCAGGUACAAUGUUCACCCACCCCUGUCUCGGCAAAUAAUAAAUGCAAGGUGUCUGGUUCAGUGGAACGAGUUGAAAUUAUGCGUGUUCUGAAAUGUCAGAUGUCUUGGUACUAAUUUUACUGUUUCAUCCCUGAAAAUAGUUGCUCACAAAUACAGGUACUUCUACCAAGCAAUGGCAUGAUAAGGCACAAUUGUGAAGCCUAGGGCAUUUGUUCCUGGGAAGAUUCCACUUGAAAAUUAGUAGGGCCCUGGGUUGGCAUGACGACUCAGUGGGUGAGGGUUCUUUCUUCCAAGGCUGACCACCUGAGCUCCAUCCCUCAAAGCGCUAGGAGAGAACUGACUCCCACAUGUUGUCUUCCAGCCUCCACACUCAUCCACACGAAGAAUAAAAACAAAACAAAACAAAACGGCAGGUAACGUAUUUAUGUCAGUUGAAAAUGGAGCUGUAAACAUGACAAAAUAUUCUCUCUUGAAAUCUGUUUUCAAAUUCAUGUAUCAGAUUGAAAAACAAGGCUAAAUAUUUUUACUGUUUGAAAAUAGGACUGUGCUUAGACGGUAUAUAGAAAUCCAUUAAAUGGUGUGCCUUAACUUGUUCUACCAUUUCAUUUAGAAUACUGCUAUGGUUGAAACAUUGUACUGAUAAAUCAGA